CCCGGCGGAUCCGAGAUGCACGUAACAUCAUCCAGUGGUCCAUUGGCUGUACACAAUGUCAUUCCUGUCCUAAGCUCGUCCCGCGUUCCGCGAUUAGAAACGGGUCGCGCCAGUGAUGCGAGCAACUCCGCGGUGCGUUCCCGAUCGCCGGGAAACUCGAACGAGCAGGUCGCGAUAGAGUAUGAGAUACGCGAGAGAACGAGAGAUUCAAUUCGAGAAACAGUGCCACGUCGAAUCGGAACCGGACGCCGAUCACAAGAUGUCAAUUGGAGUCGAAUGCCGAAACUAGCUAAGCAUCGUUUACUCAAAAUGCUGCUGCAGGCGAUCGUAUUAAUUCUCUCCGCAAGGAUAUGCCACGGCAAUCCUGACGCGAAGAGAUUGUACGAUGACCUACUAUCGAAUUACAAUCGACUGAUUCGCCCCGUGUCUAACAACAACGACACCGUCGUUGUCAAAUUAGGACUUCGCCUGUCCCAACUCAUAGAUCUCAACCUGAAGGAUCAAAUUCUCACGACGAACGUUUGGCUCGAACACGAAUGGCAGGAUCAUAAGUUCCAAUGGGAUCCAACGGAGUACGGAGGCGUCACUGAACUCUACGUACCCAGCGAGCACAUUUGGCUCCCCGACAUCGUACUUUACAACAAUGCGGACGGAGAAUACGGAGUGACCACGAUGACUAAAGCGAUUUUACAUUACACCGGGAAGGUCCUUUGGACACCCCCGGCGAUUUUCAAAUCCUCCUGCGAGAUCGACGUUCGAUACUUUCCCUUCGAUCAACAAACCUGCUUCAUGAAGUUCGGCUCAUGGACUUACGACGGUAUACAGAUCGAUUUGAAGCACAUCAAUCAAGGUGUAGUGGGAGACAAGGUGGACGUGGGUAUCGACCUGCGCGAGUACUACCCAAGUGUCGAGUGGGACAUCCUCGGUGUCCCUGCGGAACGGCACAAGAAGUACUACCCCUGCUGCGACGAGCCAUACCCGGACAUAUUUUUCAACAUCACGCUGCGCCGUAAAACAUUGUUCUACACAGUGAACUUGAUCGUGCCUUGCGUGAGCAUCUCUUACUUAUCAGUGCUGGCGUUUUAUCUCCCGGCCGAUUCGGGCGAGAAGAUCGCUCUCUGCAUCAACAUCCUGCUAUCGCAGACGAUGUUCUUCCUUCUGAUAUCCGAGAUCAUACCAUCUACGUCGUUGGCGUUACCGUUGCUGGGCAAGUAUUUACUGUUCACGAUGAUCCUGGUGGCGUUCUCAGUAGUGGUGACGAUCGUUAUACUGAACGUUCACUACCGCAAGCCAAGCACCCAUAAAAUGGCACCGUGGAUCCGUAAGAUCUUCAUACGAAGACUACCGAAACUGCUUCUAAUGAGAGUGCCCGACGAUCUCUUGAUCGAUCUUGCUGCGCACAAGAUACAUGGCAGAGGUAGAUCCGGGAAGAAGAGCAAAUUCAACGCCGCGGUCGCAGCUGCCGUCAAAUCGUCACCGAUCAUCUCUUCUCCUGAUUCUGCUCGGCACCAACAAAUCGGUGGGUGCAAUGGACUGCACACGACGACGGCGCAUAACAGGUUCUUGGGAGGCCUUGGUGGAUACAACGGGCUUCCCACAGUGAUGUCCGGCCUGGACGAAUCACUGAGCGACGUGACGCCCAAGAAGAAGUACCCCUUCGAGCUUGAAAAAGCUCUGCACAACGUGAUGUUCAUUCAACACCACAUACAACGACAGGACGAGUUCAACGCGGAGGAUCAAGACUGGGGUUUCGUAGCGAUGGUCCUGGACAGACUCUUCCUAUGGAUCUUCACGAUAGCCUCGAUAGUAGGCACGUUUGUCAUCCUCUGCGAAGCUCCGGCGCUCCGCGAUAAUACAAAACCCAUCGACAUGGAGUACUCCUCGGUGGCUCAACAGCAAUAUCUUCCUCAGGAUAACUUGUUAGAAAAUCUUGUAUAAUACCGUUACACGUAGAAUCCGUAGAUAGACUAGGAAGCCGGGGUGCUGUUAUUGCGAGACGUGCUCAUUUCUGAAUCAGCAUCCCCGUCUUCUUUAUCCUUUUUAUUAUAAAAUCGACUCUCGAUAGCGUCUUCGAAGGUAACGUUUCAUUUGUAACUUAACAGUAAAUUAAGUGCGUGCGACGCACAAGUGCUCUUGCAUAACGUUCGUGGACAUUUUCUAACGUCGACUACGUAGAAUAAAUACGAAUUGUCUGCCCAUCAAAGUAUAACUGUAAUACUCUAUGCUCGAACCAAUAUCUUCCCGAAGAGCGAUCAAUCAUAUUGUUACGUAGUAAUUUUUUCGACUACAAUCUUUUUCAUUAAUAACAAUGUACUCGAACUCGUUCGAUAUCUUGUAUGCAUAUAAAAAUGAAAUAAACGAUGCUCAUAAGGCA